ACUAAAAAAAAAAAAAGAAGUUAUAUUAGCUCUGGAUCAUGUCGUGUGUUUAGGGAUGGGUCAAAGCUUUAUAUUAAGAGGAUAUAUUUGACCCCCUAGCUUUGUAUAUUGGCAUAAUCUGUCCAUUCGGAAAAUUUAGGGGACGAAUUGGAGGAGAAAAAAAAAUCUUUCCACUUUUUCUUAGAAGUUUCUUAAUCAUAAACCAACAGAGCAAUUGCCCUCUCCUUUUUUCUUUUAUUAAUUUAAUUAUUUAUGAUUUUGUCCUUGCUCGUAGUUACGUUUGAACGCAAUUUGCAUUAGGGAUAAAAGCAUUAUCUUUUAAAUUUGAUUAUUCUUUAUGGGGUGUUUUUGUUGGGUAGUUUAGUUGGGGCAUAUUGGUAGGAAUUAAUAAGAUACCAAUAAGGCUUAAUUAAAGUCCACUCCCACCCAUUAAUUCUUCCUCUUUCAUUUCCCUAUUUAUACGUUGUGUUGAUGAGCGAAGAGAAUUAGGAGACAGAAAAGAAGUAAACCAACACUCAAGAAAUUUGCCGAAGCCCCAAGAGAGCAAUAAUUUCAUAAAGUUUAGGAAGAGAAUAGGGGGAAAAAAUGGCAUGGAAGCAGAGUUAUUUGGAUGUGAUUUUGGUUCCUUCAAGCUUUCUCUUGUUUCUGGGUUACCAUGCAUGGCUUUUGUAUAAGGUUCGAACUCAACCCUUCACUACCAUCGUUGGAAUUAACAGCUCUGGUCGACGCUACUGGGUUUCUGCCAUGAUGAAGGACAACGAGAAGAAGAACAUUCUUGCUGUGCAAACUCUAAGGAAUGCCAUUAUGGGGUCAACUCUAAUGGCUACCACCUCCAUCCUCCUCUCCUCCGGCCUCGCCGCAGUUCUAAGCAGCACGUACAGCAUCAAAAAGCCUAUCAACGACUCGGUCUUUGGCGCCCAUGGCGAGUUCAUGAUGUCUCUAAAGUACGUCUCCCUCCUCUCCAUCUUCCUCUUCUCCUUCUUGUGUCACUCCCUCUCCAUCAGAUUUAUCAACCAAGUGAAUGUUUUGAUCAACACCCCACAAGACCCGUCGUCCCCGGUCAAGCCCGAGUACGUGUCGGAGCUGUUUGAGAAGGGGUUCGUCCUCAACACCAUUGGGAAUCGUAUCUUUUACUUGGCCCUCCCUCUUCUGCUUUGGAUAUUUGGACCUGUGCUUGUGUUUGUAUGCUCUCUUACUAUGGUGUCUUUGCUCUAUAAUUUGGAUUUGGUUGAUUCUGAUGCUCACAACAAGAAGACAAAAGUAGAAGCCAACGCUAAUAUUCCUAACCAAACCUUUGAUGUGUAGCCAUUUCAUCAAAAUUUGGGCCGACACUUUCUUGCUUUGUUCUUUUAAAGCCCCCUUUUCCCCUUCUAUUGAAUAUUAAGUUGAUGGGAUAAGGUGGCAUUGGGAAAUUCUUCACUUUUGUGGGUUAGAAUUUGUGUAAUUUUGGUGGAACUCAAGGUGUGAUUUGCAAAUUAUGGUGUAAUAUUUGGAAUAACUUGUAAAGAAUAAUAUUUUUUUUAACAAAA